AUGGCUCGUGUAGCCACAGAGGAGGGCAACUACAUUUUAAUGGCCAUGGUUCUGGCUUGGGAUGUCCAACACGCUCAUACAGAGUCUAGAGACACUCAGAGAAGCAUCAGAACUGAGAUGGAGGAAGAAGAACAUGUGAGGGUUAAAAAGGAAGAAGAGAUCAGCACAGCCCCCGGAGAUACCAGAGAGAUGCAGAGCAGCAUCAAAGUUGAGAAGGAAGAAGGAUGUGCGAGGAUAAAAGAGGAGGAAACUACUAUAGAGAUCAGCACAGGUGGCUACAGUAAUGGAAAUACACCAGAGACUUGUCCUGGCCGACUUUAUUCAUGGAAUUCCGCACAGGAGCAGAACAAGAUCCCUCCAGACGAUCAGGGGGGACGUUUGGUGAAGAUUGAAGUCAAAGAGGAGCCAGAAGAACAUAUUGUGAGGGCUGAUGAGCCGUAUAGGGAGGAGGAGAUUCCUGCAGAGAUCGGUACAGAUGGACGUUACAGAAGUUACACGGGGCCCAUCAUCUCUCCAGAGGGCACCAUAGAAGACGAUGACGUCACAGACAAUUCGUCGGAUGAAGACCCCCUCACCCCAAAUCGCCACCCGCCCCUUCCCAGCUCAGAUCCGUCUGCUCCAAAGCGCUUUCCCUGCUCCGAGUGUAGGAAAACGUUCACCAGAGAAGAAAAUUUACUUUCACACCAGAGAAUCCACAGGGGGGAGGACCCCUUGUCGUGUUCGGAGUGCGGCAAAUGUUUCAUUUGGAAAAGGCAGCUCCUCGCACACCAGAGAAGCCACACCGGAGAGAAGCCGCUUUGCUGCUCGGACUGCGGGAAGAGUUUCAGCGAAAGGUCGAACCUGGUCAGGCACCAGAAGUCCCACUUGGCCGAGCGGCCGUUUGCGUGCUCUCAGUGCAGCAAAUGUUUCACCGACAGGACGAAGCUCAAUAACCACCAGAGGACUCACACGGGGGAGAAGCCGUAUUCGUGCGCGGAGUGCGGGGAACGUUUUUCCCGGAAGUCGUCUCUCACCAGGCACGAGAAAUUUCACAGAGGGGAGAAGCCGUACUCGUGCACGGAAUGUGGGAAGUGCUUUACGGAACGGGCGAACCUCGUGACGCAUUACAGGAUUCACACCGGCGAUCGCCCGUACUCCUGUUCUAAGUGCGGGAGGGCUUUCAAGCAGAGGUCCGACCUGGUUAGACACGAGAAGGUCCACAUGCGUUAUCAGUGGCACUUCUGUCCGGAAUGUGGGCAGCAGUUUGCGCUGAAAGCCUCGCUUGUCACGCAUCUUAGUGCACACGCGAGCCAAGAGGUUGCUGGGGAGGGAAGCGGCAGCUGA